AUGGCCGAGAACGUCUUCUUGUUCAACCUUGACGCUUGGCCACGAGACGCCCCAGAGCCUGCCGGUCCCCCAGCACCAACGAAUUUCUGGAAUACCGCUUUGCGGACGACCAGAAGAACUAUCUUCAUCGAAUACUCCUGGACAUUGCUGGUUCUGUGUGCCUUCGUUCUCGGAGUAUUAUCAAUCUACUGGGGUGCCCUCUUCCGAAUAAAGCAAAACCUUAAGCAUGCAACCAUUGCAGUGGUCGACUUCGAUGGCCAGCUGGCCCCAUACAAUUCAAUAGAGCCGAGUGUUGGGCCUUUCGUGGUACAGGAGAUCCGAAGAGCGGCCACCCUCCAGCAUGCUUUAGGAUACAAAAUCCAUGACCCGGCUGACUAUGACUUCGACACUCUGGCAGUUCGUCAAGCUGUCCAUCACGAGGACGUCUGGGGAGCGAUAGUCAUAAAUCCCAAUGCCACCGCUCUCCUUCGCCAGGCCGUCGAGCAAGGCAACACCAGCUACGACCCUACCGGAGCCUGUCAAAUCAUCUAUAACCAAGCUCGGGACAUCGAGUCCUUCAAUCAGUAUGUCAUCCCCACGCUCACCCGCCUCGGCACCGACAUCAGCUAUUCCUUUGCUACCAAUUGGACUACUUCCGUCCUCACGAACAAUUCUCUGCUCACUAGCACCUAUGCCACGACGCCUCAGGCAUUAUCCCCAGGGAUAGCAUUCACAAUCUACGACCUGCGUCCCUUUGAUCCCCCGGUCGCCAUUCCCGCCGUCUCCAUCGGCCUGAUCUAUCUCAUCAUCAUCGCCUUCUUCAGUUUCAGCUUCUUCAUGCCCAUCCAUUCCCUCUUCCUCAACCCCGCCGCCCCUCAGCCACACCCACCCCUCCGAUUCACCCACCUCAUUCUGUGGCGCUACAUCGCCACCACCACCGCCUACUUCUUCCUCUCGCUCGCCUACAGCCUCGUCAGCCUCGCCUUCCAGAUCCCCUUCUCCAACACCCCACCCGCCGGCCAGUCCUCCUUCCCCACCGACGCCCCCAUCAACAACGCCAACCUCGUCGGCCACGCCACCUUCCCCGUCUACUGGCUUCUCAACUUUCUGGGCAUGGGCGCGCUCGGCCUCCCGCUUGAGGUCGCCGCCAUGCUCCUCCCCAACCGCAAGCCAUGGGUCUCGCUCUUCCUGAUCUUCUGGGUCAUCACCAACGUCAGCACGGGCUUCUACGCGCUGGAACUCGCCCCGACCUUCUACGCCUGGGGCUACGGCUGCCCGCUGCGCCAGAUCGUCUACGCGAGUCGGUCUUUGUUGUUCGGCACCCGGAGUCAGCUGGGCCUCAACUUUGGGGUACUGGUGGCGUGGAUCGUCGGCGCCACCGUCGUGUGGGUGCCCAGUUGCUUUGUGAUGAAGCGGAGGGUUGCGAAGCAGAAGCAGCGGGAGGCGGGCAUCGCGCCAGCGGGUAGGGAUGGGGGAAAAGUGAAGAAAGUGGUGACGGAUCAUGCCAAAAAGCUAAAUGCUCGGGUUCCCAAGGCUCCCAAGAUGUAG